AUGGAAUCGUCUACAACUAGAAAUGUUACAUUUGGUAAAUUUCAUAAUUCAACAAUAACGACAACUUCAAUAAGAUCCCAUUCCAUCGAGGACUAUGUAGAAUACCAAAUAGGAAUGGCCCUUUGGAAGUAUAUGUCACCUGUCAUAAUCGUACUUGGAGUCAUUGGUAAUAUUCUAUCAUUUCUAGUCACGACAUUUACAAGCAUGAAGCAGGCCAACAUGUCCAUAUAUCUCUCCGCGUUGGCGGUAUCUGACACAGGAGCACUCAUUAUUGGUCUUGGUCAUCCAUGGCUUUCGGUUUUAUUUAAUUUUGAUAUAAGGAAGACACAUGAAUGGGCCUGCAAGAUCCACGUGUUCUUCACCUAUUUAUUUAUUGACCUAUCCGCCUGGAUGUUGGUGAGCGUCACAAUUGACAGAGUCAUCUUCGUGUACCUCCCAUUGAGAGCAAGAUCAAUAUGCACAAGAAGGAACGCCAUAAUUGUUAUCAACCUAGUCGUACUGAUCAUCAUUGGCAUCAACUGCAAUUUGUUAUUUACAAUUGGAUAUCGGGGCAAUAGCAGGUGCUUUAUCGUGGAGGGUUUUGAAGGAUUUCACAUUUCAUACUGGCCUUGGAUUGAUGCAUCAGUCUCCUCACUUGCGCCAUUUUCUAUUUUGAUUGUUUGCAACAUGUUAAUCAUAAUCCAGUUGUUGAGAGUGAGGAACAACAGGAGAAAAAAACUAAACGUCUCCAAUUCGAACAAAGACGAUAAAACACGAUCUAUGACAAUUAUGCUUGUGAUGAUAUCUGUAUUAUUUCUUUGUUUCACGGCUCCAGUCAGUUUCGACAUCAUCAUUAAACUAAGCAAACGGGCCAACACGGUUGAGCGAGCUCCGACUACAUUAGCUGAACAAGCACGAUCGGUUCUAUCUCAGGCUAUUGUACACAUGCUAAUGUAUCUUAACAGUGCUUUGAACUUCGUCAUGUAUUGCCUGAGUGGGAAGAAAUUUCGCGAUUCUUUGAAAAAGUUAUUAUGUCGAAAGAAAACAAUCUAUGGAGGAUGUAUGAGGUUGAGUUUGAGUCGGGACGCAACAAUCUCACAGACAAAUGUUAGCAUCAUACCGCACUCAAACCAAGCAAACUCGGAAAACUGGAAGGCAGAACUUAACUCAAGUAAUUACUCACUUGCUGAUGUAUCAGCGGUUGAUGAAGUGACAAAGUGACAAAGACAACUAGUUUAAGUAAUUUUAAUUUUAAAGUUGCAUCCUCUGAACUUGCGAAUGAGACUGACAAUCCUGAUUUAGUAGCGAAGUUGAUCCAGUUACAAAUAGAAUUCAGCACUUUGUGUAUUUCCAUAGCCAGGGGUGCCCAAAUUCGUUCGAAGGCCAUUUGGGCUGAGCAGGGUGAGAGGAACACCAGUUAUUUCCUGAACCUGGAAAAAGCUAAAGCACAGCAGAAAAC